GAGAUGCUUACAGGUAGCCUCUCCUUCGGGGUUUUCGGGAGACGUACCGGUGAGGCUCCAAUUACAACUUUUCCUGAUCCCGCACGUGUUUUAACGCGGCAUCAAAGGCGGUGUGUGCUUUAUGGAGCAGCUGCAGGAGUAUAAAUACGUUUGUCAGGACAUUCAUCAUCACUAAGAGGGGACCAGCUGACUGCAGAGAGGAGCAGUGGUAAGUCUCAGAAAGUUUUCAACUAUCGCUCUGAUUAUAUAUGAUUAUAAAUUUAUCAUCGACAGGAAACAUCUUCUUUCUCAAAGUUUAAUACUUUACCGUUUAAAAGCAAAGUGUCUACUUUUAACUUCAGAUAUUAAAAUAUGCGUUGUGUAACCAAACAUUUUAGCUGCAGUCUCUAUUUGACUUUUCUCCCCUAGUAAUAAAACAUAAACUCAUCUGAAUUAAAGCACCCUUCUGUUAAAUUCAGUGCUUUUAUUAUUCUUGAAAUUCUUGCAAUAUAAGAUAAAAAAAGGGAAAACAAAUAAAGUUUAAGUUUCACUCCAAUGUCAAAAAAUUAACUGUAAUGCUAGUCACAAAAUACAUGCAUAUGAUGUUACUAUUUACUAUUUGUGUUGUUUAUAGUGUAAAUACUUGUAUAUUAUAUCUCUAUUUGUACUUAUUCUACUUGUUUUAUCUAUUUAUCUCUUUAUUUUUUACUUAUUUUUAUAGUAUUUUGUUUUUACUUUUACUUUUACUUUUAUUUUUACUUUUUACUGUAUUUGCUCUGGAGUUACUGUGACAAAAGCUAUUUCCCCCAGGGGAUUAUUAAAGUAUUUCUGAUUCUGAUUCUGAAACACAGAUUUAUGUCAUAUUGUAACUUGCGAACUGGUGUAUUUCUUGAGACAGUAUAAUUUAUUUCUUUGUAUUGAAUUUUGCACGCCAGAUGGUUCACUCCCAGUAACUGGAGAUGCAGCAUUCUCUCGAACCAUGUUCAGUGUCUUGCUGGUUAGGUUCACUCAGGCUCAGAUUUGGACAUAAAAUGAACUCUGACACCUCAGAAACAACAUAUUUAGGGACGAGUCCACCUUUCUGGUUUGAUGCACAGUUGCAGAGGCAGCAAAAGCAUGCAUUCACACUGUUGACUUCUACGAUUUACACUUAACUCUACACCAAUAGAAACAAAAUAUGAUUAUUUAAAAUAGCACUACCAAGAGGAAGGUUUACAUUGUAAACAGAACUUUCUGUGUACAAGAAAGUCUUCUGCACUUGAAGAGUCAUAAAGCUGUCACCUAGAGGAGAUGUUUGCAGUGUUAACAAGUGUUUGUAGUAUGUUCAUAAAGUUUUCUAAAUGUCUUUACCCUGACAGAUUUGAAAAAAAUCAACCAGAUCAAGUAAACUACAUUCAAGUGAAAUAAUGGAGGAGCAGACUAACAAUGGAGCGCCAACAACUGGCUUCGUCUUGGCAGACUACAUGGUCUUUGCUGCCAUGCUGUUAGUCUCCAUGGCCAUCGGACUCUUCCAGGCCUUGAAGAAGGGGAAAAGGGAAGCCAGGGUAGAUGACUUCUUUACAGGGGGGAGAAGCCUGCCAGCAGUGCCGGUUGGGCUGUCACUCUGUGCCAGUUUUAUGUCAGCAGUCCAGGUUCUGGGUGUUCCCGCUGAAGCUUCACGCUAUGGCUUCAAAUUCCUCUACAUGUGCCUCGGACAAACCAUCAACUCUCUGCUGACAGCUUACCUCUUCCUGCCAGUUUUCUUUCGACUGGGCAUAACCAGCACCAAUCAGGUCAGAAUGAGUUUCCAGUCAUCAGAAACUGAAGCACAGUGUUAUUUAUACAGAGGGUUAGAAGAGAUUUGUAUUGUUUUAUAAGUACUGUAAUGAGAAUAACCAACCACAGUGAGAAAUAUGAGGUCUGGGUUUACAGCCAUAAUCUUGAAACGCACCUGUGGGUCAUGAAAUAUGUUGAAAGGUGAGGAGGGAUGUCUUAUAACUCCGGCUGUCUUCCUGUCACAGUACCUGAAGAUGAGAUUUGGCAGAGGCAUGCAGCUGCUGGGGAGCAUCCAGUUCAUUGUUGCGACGGUAAGACAGGUGUCGUCUGAUACUCUGCACAGUUAAAAACAACACAUUUUUAGACUUGAAUGUCACAUAUCACGUCUUUUCACAAAAUUACACCACUCUAGGCUCAAACUCGGGGAGGUCUAAAGCUCGUGCAUUCGGGGUUUACUAAGGCAAACACUCAUAUUUGCACAAACUUACUAAACUGUCUGACCUUAAUCCAAUGAUUGUUGUUGUGUCUGCUGAUUUCUUUGUUUGUAUUUCCUUCCUCUCAGCUGCUCUACACAGGAAUUGUCAUCUAUGCACCUGCCUUGAUUGUCAACCAAGGUAGGAGAGAUCACCUGACAAAAAGAUGAUAUUCAUUCUCCCUUUUCAACUAUUUAUAAUUAUCAAGCAAUGGUUAAACGCCCCCAAGAAUCUGACCAGAUAUAGAGAAACAACAUGAAGGUGCAGUCAGUUUAAGUUAAACUAGGAGGACACGUAGCUAAUUGAAAAAUUAAAGCACAGCAGAGAGGAAACAGAGUAAAACGAGUAAAGCAAUAAAAGAAAAAAUUAAGUAAUAAGAGAUAAAGGACAGCACACAAACUAAAGCAAUAAAAGAGUUGAAGGCGUUUUAACCUGAUGUAAUAAAAUCGUAGCAGCACCUGUCAAGAAGUGUCUGAGUGGUCGCUGGUUUGGUGUGCUGGUCCCUCACUCGUAUGCAACUAUACUUUCUUUUUGUACUGACAGCAUGUGCAGUUAGGUAAAUAAUGUGCUGCUAAAAUAGAAAUCAGACAGGGUGAGGCAGGACCCUGAUAAAAAGCAUGUAAUCAUGGAUGUGUUCACAUCAUAUUGCAGAUGCACAGAAAAUCACAGAUGCACAGGUUGCAUAUCUCUUAAGGGAUCAGCACAUCAGUCCAGUGACCAUCACAUGUAGCUGGAACUCUGGCCUCUGUACUCGUACUCAUACAAGCCAGGCCACAUUUUUUAAUCCUUCUGUUAUUCCGAUAAUACUUCCUAAGUAAACUUUAAGGAAAAUGUUUGCACUGACCAAACUUGUUGAUAUAAAAAGAAGACGAUCAUUUACUUUAUGAAAGUAAUAGAAGAAUUCCCCUUGACACCUCCUCGGGUGUGAGUAGGUUUUACAAGUGCGCAGAAGGACCGAACACAAACAAAGCAAAGAUGACAAAUAAUGAUACGUAAACCAUGUCACAUCAGGAUAUUUAUGUUCCCAACUUUGAACACUGUCACAUGUUAAACUUGUGUAUCAAAGCAAGGCAUGAUGGAUCCACGUGCAGAGUUUUGUUAGGUGUGCUGAAAUAAAUUGUCAACACAAACUCCUCUAUGUAUACCAGCAGUAUUAAUCAUCCUUCUCUGAGAUGGUUGGAAACAGAAAUAAAAACAUCACACCCUUCCCUGUGAUUUCUACCCGAAAGGCUAGAAACAAUAUACUCAAUUCUUCCAGGUUUUUUAAAGUAAUAUUCAUGUAUAUAUUUUUUUAAUCAUUUGAAAAUGUUCAAGAACUGCUGGUAGCUGCAGUUUCUGUUUCAUAAAACUGUGUUUCCAAACUUUAUACUUAAGUUAAGCUGCUUUGCAAACAGCCACGCCAGAGCAAAGUUCAGCCUCAUUACUGCUUCCAUUAGUGAUAAGCAUAUAUAAUAAUCUAGGUUUACAUAACCAACUGCUGCAGAGAAGACAGAGCUUUGCAUUUGCUUAACUACACAAGUCUCUUUCAUAAUCACACUCUGUAAGUUUGGAGUAUGUAGAUGAAACACUAAAUGACAACUCUUUUCUAUCAUUUCAGCUACUGGACUCAAUAUGUGGGCUUCCCUGUUUUCUACGGGGUUCAUUUGCACCCUUUACACAACCCUGGUGAGGACCUAUUUAUUAAACAAGCUAGGAGCACAGAAUAAGUUAUGGUUCAGAUCCAAAUGCAGUGACUUGGUCUGGACUUUCUUUUGUAGGAUACAUCCUGAAGUAAAUGAUUCAAUUUCCAGAAAGUCUCAGCUGCUCAUCUGUUGGUUUAAUUUUGUUCUCCUGUUACAGGGCGGCAUGAAAGCUGUGAUCUGGACCGACGUGUUCCAGAUUAUAGUCAUGUUUUCGGGCUUUGUGGCAAUUUACGUCCACGGGACAGUUCUGGUUGGUGGUCCUGCACUUGUACUAGAGAUUGCCAAGAAUGGAUCACGCAUUAAUUUCGAUGAGUAAGAACCCUUUUUCUGAUCUGGAUAACCACAUGUUUACUUCAUGUGUGUUAUGAGAUGUUCACACUUCAGUUUGUUUAUCUACAAUGACUCCUACGAUAUCGGGUACAUUUUGAUAGUGACGUGGUUAUCAUCAUUUUAAGCAGUUAACACAACAGCUCAUUCUUGACCUAGGACAAACAAAUCAAAACUGCAUGUCGACUUUCCAACAAGUGUUUUAGUUUUUAUCUAGAUCUGUUUAUUUUCUCUGGAAGACAAGAGAUGUUCAGUUCUAACAACCUGUUCUCAUUCCAAAGUUUUCGAACACUGAUCCUUUAAAUAACCCUUUGAGUCUCAGAAAGACGCAAAUUGUUCCUCAUAUGAUCUGCAUAAGAUACACCAAGCUUUCAUUCACCCCCAUUGAAAACAGUUUCUAUAAGGGUAGAUGCAAGUUUGAAAAAAGACCAGCGAUCUGUUAACUUUCACCAUCAAGGUGUGACACUUCUGACAUCUAACAGCACACAGAUGUAUAUAGAGAGACAUGUUUUCACUGAAUCUUAUUGGCCCUGGAUCUUGUUUUGUGAUUCUUCUGUUGAAUUUUUCUUUUUCCCACCAGUUUUGAUGUGGACCCACGUCAGCGUUACACCUUCUGGAGCCUCACUGUCGGGGGUGCAAUGGUUUGGCUUUCCAUGUACGGGGUGAACCAAGCUCAAGUCCAGCGCUAUAUCUCCUGCAGAACAGAAAGAGAUGCUCGGUGGUGAGUGAGGGCCUGUGUGCCAUUUAAAAAAAUAUCCUGUUCUUGAAGAUGCGCCUGCAAGGUGGUUUUUGAUUCAUCCGAACACCCAAGCAAUCAGGACUUCAGGAGCUCGAUCAGCACACCAAAACACCAACCAAUCAAACAUGCACAGCCCAGUUCUCUUGACUUGUUUGAUGGUGGAAACCAUAGCCAAUUUUUCUGUAUUUCUAGAGUAGAUACGACAAACUGCUUCCAGCCAAGACUUUUCUUCUCCCUUCAUUUCAUUGUUUGAUUUAUUGGCUUCUGCGGUCGGUACAUACCCUGGAGUGUUGCCUGUUGACCUGUUUCUAGUGAGUUUUAGUUUAACUGGGGAUCGUAAAAUAUGAAGAAGCUACACUUUGGUUUAUUUCAAUGGUUUGAUUUCAAAAAGAUGAACCAGAUUUGUUUGUGAUUUGUUUGCAGUUUGCAGGUCUUGACUUUGCCACAGUAACAUCAUGAUUCAGUAUUGAAAAGAGUAAAUUUACAAGCUUUGCCACAUAAGAUAUCAGUGUGUAUUUAAUUCUAGUUGUGAAUCCAGGGCACUACUCUGGCAAAGAUAUCCACUAACAGGAAUUAUUGAUCUAAAAACACCAACCAAUCAAACAUGCACAGCCCAGUUCUCUUGACUUGUUUGAUGGUGGAAACCAUAGCCAAUUUUUCUGUAUUUCCAGAGUAGAUACAACAAACUGCUUCCAGCCAAGACUUUUCUUCUCCCUUCAUUUCAUUGUUUGAUUUAUUGGCUACUGUGGUCGGUACAUACCCUGGAGCGUUGCCUGUUGACCUGUUUCUAGUGAGUUUUAGUUUUACUGGGGAUCGUAAAAUAUGAAGAAGCUACACUUUGGUUUACUUCAAUGGUUUGAUUCCAAAAAGAUGAACCAGAUUUGCUUGUGAUUUGUUUGCAGUUUGCAGGUCUUGACUUUGCCAAAGGAACAUCAUGAUUCAGUAUUGAAAAGAGUAAAUUUACAAGCUUUGCCACUUCAGAUAUCAGUGUGUAUUUAAUUCUAGUUGUGAAUCCAGGGCACUACUCUGGCAAAGAUAUCCAUUAACAGGAAUUAUCGAUCUAAAAAAAUUCACUUUGUUUUUAGCUUUGUCUUAAUGACUUUCCCCUCCUGCUAUUUAUCUGUUCUUGUAUUAAGGAUGUGCCAUCCCGGUCAAUACUAUUACAUAAGUUCUCACUUAACACCGAACCUCUCCAAGUACUAAUUAGCAAAUGUCAACAUGCUAACAAGCCAAGAUCAGGUCAACAUAUCCAUGAUUUAUGGCCAUGUGACACCCUGUAAAUAAUAACUUUGCUCCCUCUCUUUGCUCUCCCAACGCACGGGUCAGUAUUUACCCUGCAUAUAAAAGUUGUUUGUUAUAGGAAAACAAACACCUCGUGGUCAUUUGCCUUGGUCAAGCAGAAAUCAAGUCAAGUCGUGGAUCUUACUCGAUAUUUUCCUCGUUGGGCAGUUCAGACUUUCCCCUCCUGCUAUUUAUCUGUUCUUGUAUUAAGGAUGUGCCAUCCCGGUCAAUACUAUUACAUAAGUUCUCACUUAACACCGAACCUCUCCAAGUACUAAUUAGCAAAUGUCAACAUGCUAACAAGCCAAGAUCAGGUCAACAUGUCCAUGAUUUAUGGCCAUGUGACACCCUGUAAAUAAUAACUUUGCUUCCUCUCUUUGCUCUCCCAACGCACGGGUCAGUAUUUACCCUGCAUAUAAAAGUUGUUUGUUAUAGGAAAACAAACACCUCGUGGUCAUUUGCCUUGGUCAAGCAGAAAUCAAGUCAAGUCGUGGAUCUUACUCGAUAUUUUCCUCGUUGGGCAGUUUAGACGUCACUUUCUGGAUAAGCGUUGAUGUUUUAUUUAUGUUUUCCUUUUUUUCACAGUGUCAUGAGAUGACCCUGUAAGAUUUUUAUAUCACCGCUCACAGACUGCGCUGUUGUGAUUGCAGGGCGUUGUUUGUGAACCAAGUGGGCCUGUGCCUCAUUGUGAGCAGCGCAGGAACGUGCGGCAUCGUCAUGUUCGCAUACUACAUCAACUGUGAUCCGCUGGAGUCCGGGAAGAUUUCUGCCCCUGAUCUGGUACAAAACACCAACAAAAUAAUAAUAAAAAUAAGGAUCCGUGACUGGGACCAAGAACUUUUGGCAAAAACCUGCAUAAGAUUGUUUUAUUAAUUUAUUUAUUUUACAAAUGCUUCAUCAAUCCAUCAUCAGUUAAUUGAGGUUAAAAAAAUUUGACUGGUUAGAUAACAGAUCACCCUGCACCGUAAAUGUUUACUCAGACUGUUCACUGCAGAGAUGCUAAGGUCACACUCUAAGGUCAACUGACAGUGUGUUUUAAUCAUUGUUGGUUGGAUAAUUAGCUCCUCAUUAUUGUGAUUAAAGACUUUUGGAGUCUAGUUAUUUCAAAGUAGUUUGAUCUCUUUCUUUUAGUGAAAUUUAUAAAAUAAUAAAUCCCUUUUCUUUUCUCCCUCCUUUCUUUUGUCAUGAAGUAUAUGCCGUACUUCGUGUUGGAUAUAUUCCAGAAUUAUCCAGGCUUUCCAGGACUUUUCCUUGCCUGUGCAUACAGCGGGACCCUGAGGUAUUUCAAUUUUAGCUUUUCUCUUGAUUUAAGUUGUGACCACUUUGUCUUCAGGCUGUGGAUACUUUUAAGAUACUUUUAGUGUUAAAGUUUUUUUAAGCUCAUGUCCGAAGGCAGGCCCUUUGGCACAUUUCAAAGGACAAUGGGUUGCACCAUAUUUAUCUUCCUAAACCUGUUUUGGUUUCUGCUAUUUAGAAGCAAAGAUUGGAUUGAAAUCAAUUUAAACACUGCCUGUUCACAACAGAUAUUAUCCCGACACUUUACAAAAAGGGCUACACCGUUGUCUUUAUUUGAAUUAUUUACAUAAUUUACAUCAAAUAAAUAAGAUCCAGCCUCAUCCUGUCUGAAGAUUUAAUCAUCUUAUUUUUUUAUCCACCAUACACAGAGCACUUUGCAGCCUUUAGCAAGUCACUGUGGCAUGGGAAAAACUCAUGCAACUUAUACAGACUUAAAGUUAGAGUGCCAAUAAUAAUGGUAAAAGUAUGUGUACUAUUUGCAGGAACAGUAAAUCAGUGAUGAUAGACCAAUGCUAAUUUAAUGGGUGGGAAUGACAGUAUCAGUUAAAGCAGUUGAAGUUGUUCUGCUCUAAAAUUAAUGCCAGUAUUACAACAGUGAUAAUGGUCAGGCUUAAUAAUCAGGUAAGGAGGCUCUAUAAGCUCUUCAGGAUGAGAUGGUACCUGGCAGUUCAGAACUCUGUUGGUCAGAAAAAAGGAUUUUAAAUUCUAGUCUAGAUUUUGUGGUGAAGAGAAGCUAAUGCAGGACAGCUCUCUUUUCCUAAAUCUAGUCUCUUCACUUUAAUGAAGGAAUAAAUAAGAAUCCAAACUGAAGCACUGAGUUGUCCUGUCUUCACUAUCACCACACAACUGAUCAGACAAACUUAAGUUGGGUUUCUUAUUUCUUACAGUACAGUCUCUACAAGUAUCAAUGCGAUGGCUGCAGUAACAAUGGAGGACCUGCUGCAUCAUCGCCUCGUCAAUGUCAGCCAGAAGAGACAGAUCCUCCUUUCUAAAGCACUCUGUAAGUUGAUCUUCUCGGACCACAUUUCUCUCUAGAACAAUCUUUAAAUUUUUGUCAUCAUUCAAGUAACCGUGGAUAUCUCCUCUGUCUAAGCGUUCCUGUAUGGAGUUGGCUGUAUCACCAUAGCUGCUCUCUCUUCUUUUCUGGACUGGGGAGUACUUCAGGUAUGACACCUUACUCAAUAAACACUAUAUAUGAUGUAAUAUUGAAUUUAUUGUGGAAACUCUACCUUUUUUUCAGCAUUUAUGGAGCUUUAACAGGAUAAAAUGUAACCCUAAAUGUAGCUUAUUAAGCAAUCAGUUAUUCAUGAUGUCUAAUGAAAUGUGUGUUUACAACAUUUUAUUAUCGAUUAAAAUUUGGUAGGGGUCUGACCAACAUUCAUGAUAACUUUUUCACACUGAAGACAAAACCUAACUGCACCUCUUUCAAGGUUUACAUGUGAUUUUUCUAAAACUGUCUAUCUCUUCUUCUCAGGGAUCAUUCACUGUCAUGGGUGUGGUCAGCGGUCCUUUACUGGGCGUAUUCAUUUUGGGGAUGUUUAUCCCAGCAGCAAACAAGAUUGUGAGUGCUUUGGUUUUGCUUUAUGGUUGAUUUUCUUGAACUAACGUACAGAAGUGAUCUUAAAUCCUAAAUGUUAAAAAAAAAGUUGGAUUUUAGUUGAGAGAUGACAUGUUUUGAAAAUUUUCUAGGAUCUUGUAGAGUAAAACCACAACAGAAUCUUAGGAAACACAUGUAUUGCUGUUUUGUUCGUCUGGACAUUUCAGUCUUUUUGGUAGCUGUUUUUCCUCCAGAAACAGAAAUAUUAAACUCAAUCAAGCAAUGACUUUAGAUAAGUCACUUGUCUUCCCCAAUUUAAAGCUGUGUUUGAUCUUCCAGGGAGCGUUCUCGGGAAUAAUAGCAGGCUUCUGUGUCUCUCUGUGGCUGGCGAUCGGUUCGACUCUUUACCCUCCCAGUGCACAGACCAUGGGUGUGCUGCCCAGUUCUGCAGGAGAAUGUGGAGCCAACAGCACCACAGUGAUCAGCGUCCCUGACCAGCACUCCAUCUUAACCCCGCUUCACCCCAACGACCUGGGGUCAGUAUGACAAGAGCGUCUUUUCUGCGUGGUCUUCAUUGCAUAUGACAACACAUAACACGAUUGUGGUAUUUUAUGACAUAGAUUAAAUUUAGCAUAGGUUUUUUGCAAAUUCAGAAUAGUUGUUGUUCAAAAUGUAAAAAGGUGUUUUGAGUUAACUCAUCUGACGUCCAAUCCAUGCUACUAUCAACAGGCAAUGAUCAGUCUUGUUGCUGAUGGUCUUAUUUACUUUCAUUGGUCUUUAAAAUACAUAACUAUUUCAUAACCUGUGAAAAAGUCCUUACGGAGGUUUCUAGCAUUAAAAAUAAGGCAUGCUACAACAUGGAAAACAUGGAAAGUUUGUUUAUUAACCAUCUCUUUCAAAAACAGGGGCCUGCAGAACUUUUACUCCAUGUCCUACCUCUACUUUGGUGCAAUGGCUACUAGUUCGGUGGUGAUUGUCGGGGUGAUUGUGAGCUAUUUGACAGGUAAGAAGGGGAGAGUGCUUACACUUAGUGAAACAUUAUCCACAACUACUGAGUACAUUUUCAGAAAAAACUACAGCCAGGUGCCAAAAGUUUGUAUGUUUAACCUCACACCCAAAAACAUUUCACCUUACCAUGCCGUAAAAACAUAUAAAGUUCUGUUUUUUUAUUGUACUUGAGUUUUUACCAAGAAAUCUGAUUGGACAGGGGAUAUUUUAUGAGUGCUGACAAAGAGAUUUAUACAUCUAGUAAUUUUUAACUCUUUGUAUUACUUCACCUUGGCGAGAUGUUCUGAUACAUUUGACCCACAGUCAGGCAGACUGUUUGUCUAGACUGCACAGGCUGGUACCUCAGAAUCCCCACUGUGAGACCCCUACUACUUUAAUUGAAAACAUACAGAUGAGUCAGAGUUAGAGAAGGAUGCUGGAGACAUACUGUUUUACUUAACCUGUUCCUUACCUCUUUAGAGCAGAUGGUAAUGUGAAUACAAAUCAUGACAGGGUGAGUGGCACCCUGAUGCAAAGCCACCCAUUCACUAUGCAUAAUCCUGUUAACAUGAAAUCCUGAUUUCCGGAUCAUUUUAAUGCUUUAAAUCUGAUUUAUUAACACAGAUGUAAAGUUAAUCCCUCUAAUGCUUCUGUGAUGUCUUUUUCCACACAGGACCGACAAAAAGGACUCAUAUCAGAGAGGGUUUGUUAUGGUGGGAUCUGAGCAAAAAGCACAUGGAGGUCUCUUUAGAGGACAGAGUAAGUGCUGCAUCAAAAGUUUAUUACAACUGGCUUCAUCUUAUCACACACAGUAGACAAUCAUGUAAGAAGGAGAUCAAGAUUAGAGGCUCUAGUUCGUGUCAGGUAUUGUUGUGUGGCUUUAUAUUUAAUUUUAAACAGUGCAAAAUCGCCUAUUUUAACAGUUGGAGUGUAAACUGGAGAGUCUUUAACCAUUUUUUGUGUGUAUAAUAUCUAAUACAGAUUUUGAAAUAGUUAAUAUUAUGUGUUGGUUGAUUAUUUUCUUAAGGCUGGAAAAGUGUCGGUGAGGUCUGCCUGCUGUUUGCGCAGUGCAUGCUGGGAUGCUCCGCAGCCACCUGUGCACUUGAAUGGCAAUAAUAACCUGGUACAUUGAUUCAUUGGUGUAUCCUUAUCUUUUUAUUAAGAACAUUUAUUAAAAAGUUUGAAUGAAUCAUUGAAACCUCUGUCUUUGGUUCUGUUGCAGGGGGACAGCCUGCGAGAUAAACCUCAGCGCAUGCCUCUGAAGGGCCUGAAUCAAGAAGACGGAGAUGAAAAUGAAGGAAACAACAGAUGCUGAAAAUACAAACUCACCCCUCUAAGAUGAGGUGCUGGAAAGAUAAAAGUUUAGUUUUUUUUAAUCCUGAAAACUGUUGCAGAAUAGCAGCAGUGUGAACUCUCUGGCAGCAGGAAGUGUUUUUCUUAUACCUGUCUUUCUUCGAUUCACCUGAACUCUAAAUUCCAAAAACGUCCUCAUCUAUUUGGAGGUCAAAUUCUACCUCUUGGUGAAAGUAAACCUUUUCUUUAAAAAUGAUCUUUUCAAGCACAUUAUGAUAACGAAGAGAACUAUGUUAGCUAAUGUACUGACUUGAAUGUAAUGUUUUUAGCUGUUAUUUAACUUUCUUUGCUAUUGAAUGGCUCUUUUUUUUAGGACAGUCACUUUGGGAUGACCUAUAUCUGCGACAAACACGCCUGAAUUCCAACCGUGCUCAAUAGAUAUAGGGAAGGCUGUCUGAUGAAAACAGCGUUAGCAGUAACUGAUCUCUAGUUCCUUGUUCUUCACUUUGUUAAAUGUUUUUAAUCAUCAAACUUCCUCUCAAGUGGAUAGUAAAGGCAGUGUCUUUGUUUUAAAAUGAUAGGAUAGGAUAGGUGCUUGUGGGAUUCCCGAUGAGUAAAUGUUACAUGUUCUUGUGGCUUCCCACUUAAACGAAUUGUGACAAACACUCUAAAGCUAAUGGGAGCCCUUUAAACCAGAUUCAAUAAGUCCAGGUAGCUCAGUCCACACACCUGUUAUAUGUUAUAUGUAAAUAUAUGGUAUCCUUUUGGUUAAUAUAUCAUUAAAAGUGUGUUAUAUUGCAAGUACUUUAUAUUAAUAUAAAAAAAUGUUUCUCCAAGGUAAACUCUUAAUAUUUUUGUAGCAAUGUAUGUCUGUUGUAAUGGUGUUAUGAAGAAGAUGAAUAAAGUUUAUUAUCCACAUUAAAGGUUUUUAUGUCUGUGA